AUGCAGAGUGCACAUCCGCGCAUGGAUCAUUACCGAAGCAACACCGAGUCUGAGCCGCCUACUGAAUAUAUGGAUCUCAUCGAGAAAUACCUGCUUGUUGUUCCACACUUAACACCGUAUAAACCAGACUCCGUGGAUCUUCUGCAACCAACAUUGUGGCACGGUAGCCUCCAUCUCAACAACAUUUACGUGGACCUCAGUACAGAAACCAUCACCGACAUCGUCGAUUACCAGAAUACAACAGUUAACCUCCUGCUCUUGCAAGCCAAGAUACCUCGGAUGGCCGACAUAUCAGUCCGCCGCUCGGUUGGAUUAUGCCAGAAAAGCCAGAGGAUUACAAGCAGAAAGGAAUUUGCACAACGAAAUAUGGAGAACCGUGAAUACAUCGAGGGUCUCAUGGAGGAGUCCCAAGGUUCAGGUAUCUUGCCAAGUGAUGGAAUCGUCGACACGGAUGAUUAUGACAUCGUGCAGAAGACAAAUUACAUGAAAAAGGAAAAAUUCUUGUUGGCAGAGACCGAGGAAUAG